GAUUAUGUGCCGUUGUUGGUGAGAAGUUGUGAGGUGAACUAUUCUUAAACGCCACUGCAAUAUUUUCUAUUAUUUUGGUAAAAAUUCCAUCGAUAUUUUUCUUUCAACAUAAGAAGAAAGUAUUGGUUUUUGGUUCAUUUUUUUGGGUUAAAAAGAGAAUCUUUUCGCUCCCCGUUAGACAUCUUGACAGUAAAAGAAAGAAAUCUGAUAGAUUUUACCUACCUGUAUCAGUACUGUCUGGUAGAAUUGAUUCGAAUAAUUAGAAGCGUGAAGAUUACUACAUAAAUUUAAUUAGAAUAGUUCAUCUCACUGACUGGGUAAGUUAGUUUUUUAAAUCCCUAUUGCUUAGUUAGGUUUUUUUUUUUAUUACUAAUACCAGUCUAUUGAUAUAGGAUAAUUUAAAACGUAUACAGUAUAUAAAUCUAUUAUACAAGUCUUGUCUUAUUCACUUUUUUGCCACAGGUCCUUGCAUCACUAUGCUUGAUAUUGAAAAUGGUUUCUCGGUAUUCUUUUUCAAGGUCACGGCUAAGGUAGAUACAGAGGACCACGCCAACUUUCUCCUGAAUCAAUUCGCCCAGGGGAAGAAAAUCGGCUCAUGGACCUUAAGUCGUGAAUUUGAUAUUCGGCAGGGAAUGGAGGGGGACAAAUUUACUGUCUACGCCCAAGUCCUAUACUAUCAGCUUGAACAGUACUGUACCGUUAUUAAAAUGGCCAUAGAUAUGUAUGAAUCGGAAUUAAUUGGUAAAGUUGUUCAAGUUCCAAGAGAGAUUUUUGAAAGAUUGUUUCCAAUGAUUAAAGAAAUCAAGUUAAAAUGUUCGGUUAAGUUGAUUAUUAGACGAAGAUAUACAUCGCCACUAAUAGGCGUUAAAGGCCAAGAACAUCGAGUAGUACAAGCUGUCGACGCCAUUCGUGAAUUAAUUAAGAAAGAAUUAUUAUAGUAAAGUCUUAUCUAUUGCCUAAGAAGUUGGGAGAAAAAAAACAAACGUUACUCAAUCAUUUCUCUCAAGUCGUUUUUUUUUAAUUUUAUUUGAAUCUUGAUCUCAAGUCUCUCUCUCACUUCGCCAGCAUUCGACAUUCAGAAACUGAGGUGAAUGCCUUCUUUUUUUUUUCGUUAAUGAAUGGAGACAUUGGCUUUGUGUGGGUAUGGCUGUACUUAUGUGGGUUGUAUGAAUAUAUGCACAAGACAUAUAUAUAUAUAUAUGUAUAAUAUUUAUAAUGUCUUGUGCACAGGCUGAACUCAUCCAUGUAUAACAUACGCCUACUUGUGAGGAGAGUGUGAAAAAUAAGACCAAAAAAAGGAAAUAAUAAUAGGAACAAAAGCAGUGAAUUCUUCUUUAAACAAAGAAGGAAGGAAAGAAAAAAAUACAAUAAAAUAGUUGAUUGGUUAGUUAGUCUGCCAAAUGUAACAAAAUGAUAAAAAAAAAAAAAUAAUUACUCCUUUUUCUAAUGAAAUUUUUUUUUUCGUUUAAAAGUUUAAAUAUAAAGUUAACACGUCAAACGUAACAUAAACGAACAAAAACAAAAAAGUUUGAGACAAACUAUAUUGUGUGUAAUAUUUUUUUUGUUUGGUUUGAACUGUUCAGUUUGUCCAUAAUUCUUAUUUUUUGUGUUUUUGCAAACUACUACAAUUUCUGACUAUAAUACGUUCAAAAAAAAGACAAACAAACAAUCUUUAAUUAUUUUGCCGAAAGUAAAGAAUAAAUAAAAAUAAUAACAACAA